GCAGGGUUUCCAGUUUCCAAACCUGAUGUGAUCUUGUAUCUGGAACAAGGGGAAGAGCCUUGGGUCCCAGACCUCCACAAUUCUGAGAAAAAAGUGCUCCCAAGAGCUACCGGCACAGGUGUUGGGAUGGUGAGUGAGAAUGAGGAGAAACCGCAGCAGGAAGAUGCUGAGCAAGUAGAACCACAUGCGACGACAUCAGGAAUCUCCAAAGGGAAUGAUUCCAGGAGUUGUGCACUCCCAGAAAAAGCAAAAGCCUGUGAGAGUCAGCACAGGCCAGAGGAAAACUUCAAUAGCCACUCAGACCUUACUACAUGCAAGAUAAUCAACUUGGAAGGAACAUGCUACACAUGCCAUGAGUGUGGGAAAAGCUUCAAUGGGAGCUCUGACCUUCUCAUACAUCAGAGAAUGCACAGAGGAGAGACACCCUACACGUGCUCUGAGUGCGGGAAAGGGUUUAAUUGGAGCUCAGCCCUUAUCACACACAGGAGAAUCCACACUGGAGAGACACCCUACACCUGCUCUGAGUGUGGGAAAAGCUUCAAUCAAAGCUCACACCUUAUCACACAUAGGAGAAUCCACACAGGUGAGAAACCUUAUGGAUGUUCUGAGUGUGGAAAACGCUUCAAUCGGAACUCACACCUUAUUACACAUAGGAAAAUCCACACUGGUGAGAAACCUUAUGGAUGCCCUGAGUGUGGGAAACACUUCAUUGAUAGUUCAGCUCUCAUCUCACAUCAGCGAAUUCACACAGGAGAGAGGCCCUACAUAUGCUCUGAGUGUGGGAAAAGCUUUAGUUGGCAUUCACACCUUAUCACACAUCAUAGAAUCCACACAGGAGAGAAACCCUACACAUGCGCUGAGUGUGGGAAACGCUUCAUUGGUAGUUCAGCCCUCAUCUCACAUCAGCGAAUCCACACCAGUGAGAGACCCUACACAUGCUCUGAGUGUGGGAAAAGCUUCAAUCAGAGCUCUGCCCUGACCACCCAUCAGAGAAUCCACACAAGAGAGAGACCCUACAUGUGCUCUGAAUGUGGGAAACGCUUCAGUUAUAGCUCAUCCCUUACCACACAUCAGCGAAUCCACACGGGUGAGAAACCUUAUGGCUGCUCUGAGUGUGGGAAAUGCUUCAUUGAUAGUUCAGCCCUCAUCUCACAUCAGCGAAUCCACACAGGAGAGAGGCCCUACACAUGUUCUGAGUGCGGGAAAAGCUUCAAUAAGACCUCAAACCUUAUCACACAUCAGCGAAUCCACACAGGAGAGACGCCCUACACAUGCUCUGAGUGUGGGGAACACUUCAGUUAUAGCUCAGCCCUUACCACACAUCAGAGACUCCACAUGGGUGAGAGACCCUACACAUGCUCCAUGUGUGGGAAAAGCUUCAAUCAGAGCUCUACCCUGAUCACACAUCAGCGAAUCCACACAGGAGAGACGCCCUACACAUGCUCUGAGUGCGGGAAAAGCUUCAAUCAGAGCUCUACCCUGAUCACACAUAGGAGAAUCCACACGGGUGAGAAACCUUAUGGAUGCUCUGAGUGUGGGAAACGCUUCAAUCGGAGCUCACAACUUAUCACACAUAGGAGAAUCCACACAGGUGAGAAACCUUAUGGAUGCUCUGAGUGUGGGAAAUGCUUCAAUCAGAGCUCACACCUUAUUAGACAUAGGAGAAUCCACACCAGAUAGACACCCCACACAUGCUCUCAGGGUGAGAAAUGUUUCAAUUAGCGCUCAAACUGUAUUAGACAUCAGAAAAUCCACCUGAGAGAGACUUGUCAUAAAUGCCUGGCCAAGGAUUUAUUUUUCUAAUUUCCACAUAGUGAUCUUUGCACCAUCUUCACUGUGGUAUCUCAGCUACCCCAGAUGAGUUGUCUGCUUCUGCCUUUUGCAGCUCACCCUUCUUUAGUGUCAGUCCUGUGAUCUUUUCUAUCAACUCCUUUCCUUUUGAGUCCAAGGAGUGUGUCCCUCCAGCCAGGAAUGUUCAACAGCUCCAGGUGAUCCCGACAAGCUACACUGAGGCAAAAACUACCUGUGCCUUACAUCCACUAGGACUGUACAUGGCAUCGGCUGCUCAGGUUAGUGACCUUGGUGUGAAAAGACAAUUAUAGUUGUAGAGCAGAUGCAGCCCAGGUGCAAUGGCUGAUAUUAGCUUUCCC